GACCACAGCUGGGUACGUGUUGACUACUCAAUGGCGGCACCACACGUAGCUUAAAAUAAAGAAACGGAGCUCCUCCCUCCUCCGCCAAUCAAAACGCGCCAACACACAAACCCGUCCGCGGUAAAAAAGACCCACCCAAACCCAACUCCGCUGCUGCUCCUCAAAGUGCUUAACCAAACCCACACACCCUCUGUUUCUGCAAUUUUUUUUUCAAAGCCUACAAAUUCCACUGUCCCUACAAUCUUCUCAGUCCAGCGCACCAGACCCGAUUACCAUUUCCAUUUCCAAGCCCGACCCGACUUCAUUUUCCCCGAACAUUUUUUUUCUUUCUAAUUUUGUUUUUAUUAUUUUUUAAUAUUUUGGAGUUUUGAAUCUGAUUUAGUGGAUUUGAGAGAGGGAUUUGGAUUUCGACCAUGUUACGCCUCUGAGGGUUUUUUGUCGGAGAUCGAUCAAUGGCGUCGAUCCGGCGAACUCUAUCGCCGGCGUUCAGAGACCGGCCGUACGUGAACGGCGUCGGGUCUCCAUUUUCGGUACAAUCGCCGUCGCCGAAGCUUCUGUCCAGCUCCAGAUAUUCACCGCCUUUUCCGUCGGCGAUUCUCGCCUUCACAGUCACCAUCCGGCGCUUCGUCGCCGGAGUUCUUUUCCACCGACCUAAUCGCAAAGGCCAGCAAUGGCGUCGAGUGUUCUACAGGUGCUUGCUCUUCUUCUUCUUAGGGUUUUUGCUCGGUCUGUUGCCGUUCGGCCACGUGGACGACGAUGAAGAGAUUCGAGGCCGGAGCUUCAAUUUCGACAUCAAGCCUUCGCACGUUAAUGUGCAGUUCGACAACGACAACACGGAUCGCGUCGUAAAACGGAGGGAGGAUCUCGUCGUCGACGUGAGCCUCGGCGUGGUGGAGAGUAGAGGGGAGUUGGUGCCGAGGAAGCAGCUGAUUAUUGUGACGCCGACGUACAACCGCGCGCUGCAGGCCUAUUUCUUGAACAGGUUGGGGCAGCUGCUGAGGCUUGUACCUCCGCCGCUGCUUUGGAUUGUGGUAGAGAACAAAGCGGCGUCGUUUGAGACCGCCGAGAUUUUGAGGAAGAGCAGCGUGAUGUAUAGGCAUUUGGUGUGUGGCAACAACUCGACGAGCGCGAAGGACCGAGGCGUGUAUCAGAGGAACACGGCGUUGGAGCACAUUGAAAGGCAUACACUUGAUGGCAUUGUGUAUUUUGCUGAUGAUGACAAUAUAUACUCGCUCGACUUGUUUGAUCGCUUGAGAGACAUUAGCCGUUUUGGAACUUGGCCAGUUGCUAUGUUAGCACAAAGCAAAAACAAGGCUAUAUUAGAAGGUCCAGUAUGCAAUGGGACCCAAGUAAUUGGAUGGCACACCAAUGAGAAAAGCAAGAGACUCCGUAGGUUUCAUGUUGAUAUGUCCGGAUUUGCUUUUAAUAGCACAAUAUUGUGGGAUCCAAAGAGAUGGCACCGCCCCACUUAUGUUCCAAUUCGACAAUUAGACACAGUGAAGGAGGGUUUCCAAGAAACCACUUUUAUAGAACAAGUUGUGGAAGAUGAAAGACAAAUGGAAAGUAUGCCAACUGGUUGUUCAAAAGUAAUGAACUGGCAUCUGCAUUUGCAAGCUCAUAGUCUUGUUUAUCCCAAAGGCUGGCAACUUCAGAAGAACCUAGAUAUUGUUCUCCCCAUUAAAUGAUAGAACUCACUAACCGUGCAAGUUUGAUUCCUAUAGCGGGAGAAAGUUCUCGAAUUUCAUGUUGGUGGUUCUCUGCCCCUGAAUAGAUCAUUGCUUGAUUUUGGUACAAUCAAAGCAUUUAGCAGCCUAGUAGAACCCGACAGGCAACGACAAACAAACAGAAGAUUUACGGUUUUUGUUUGUAGAAAUUUUUUUUUUCCUGCAUGAUAUUCUUUUACAGAAACGAAAUUUCGUUUUUGUUGUAGAUUUCUUGGUGUUUGAUAUCGUUUCUUUGUUCUUUUCAAAUUGCUUAAUAUUCAGAACAGUUCGUACACCCCACCAAAACAGGGUAGGGGUUAGGUUUUUUUAUGGAUCCCAUAAUUGUAUUUUACCCAAUCAAGCAAAAGGGCUUGUCCUAAAAUAGGUUCACACAUUCAAGUAAAAACCUUUCUGCUUUUGGCA